AUGCUAAAGACAGGACCAGAGGAGAUAGAGAUUAACAAUCAACAAGACACUUUAGAUAUGAAGAGUGAGAACCUAAAGACCCACCAACAGCUCACCGCAGACAAACUGUUUCCAUCUACAUGGGGACCGACAAGCCACAGCUGCAGCCAACAAGGUCUUUGCGACUCUUACAUGAGGUCUUACACUCUACCGAAGUCUCCUGCGAUGGGACUUACUUCUCAGACCACUCCAUGGAAUUUGAUUUCUGGGAUCUUAGGAGUAAUCUGCCUUUUUUUGAUGGCUACUAUGGGAAUUUUGUUGAAAGAUUUAUAUCCUAAACACAGUAUUCAGCCAACAUUGUCUCCAGAUGCAAUCACAGAACUCCAGAAAGGCUCUAACUGUUGUUCUUGCCCAAAAGGGUGGAUUGCGUACCACUGCAACUGCUACUUCUUUUCUGGUGAAUUAAAAACCUGGAAAGAGAGUCGUGAUUUCUGUGGUUCUCAGAAUUCCAGUCUAGUUCAGAUUGAAAACGGAGAUAAAUUGCAUUUUAUGAGCUCCAGUAAAUAUUUUUACUGGAUUGGACUCUCUUACCAUAAAAAAUGUGAUGCCUGGUUGUGGGAAGAUGGCUCCAGUGUCUCCCAAGAUCUAUUGCCAUUAGUUCAAAAAUUAAGUCCGGAGAAAUGCGUAAUGUAUAACGCGAGACAAAGUGUUUUGGAUGAAUCCUGUGACGAUAAAUAUCGUUUUAUAUGUAAACAAAAAGUUAUUUAG